ACUGCCGUGUCAAACAACCGUUGAAUUUCACGUCUCCUGUACUUUUUAAAGAAGUUUCUGCUACCUGUAAUUAGUAAAAUUAAUCAGAAAAGAGUGGUCCACGUAGCUUUUGUGUCGGUGUAUCCCGUGAAAAUGAUGUGGCGUGCGCUCAAACCGUUGGGAUUGUUUUACGUCUUCCUGUUGUUUCUUUCUGUGUCACCCAACGACGCUGAAAUAGUGUACAAAGCUACAGGUGAAGAUGUUGUCCUCAGUUUACCCCUGGUGGAGUCUCCUAUCCAGAGGGUACAGUGGAAACACAAUGGUGAUAUUGCUGCAGAGAUGGAUGGAAAUGAAGGUCACUGCCUUCUCCGGUUUAAAGGUCGUUGUGAGGUGAACACUGAUACUGGAGCGCUGACCAUCAAAGGACUGACAGUUGGCGACAGCGGCAUCUACACACCAGAGAUUAACGGCGAAGACUUCAGCAAGAUUGAACUCUCUGUUAUCUCUCGUGUAGCUAAACCCUCUGUCAUCAAAUCCUGCAGCCCUGAGAUGACCUACUGUAACCUGACCUGUGAAGGCAACACUGCAGAUGCUGAACCAGUCACUUAUACGUGGUUAGUAGAUGAUGUGGAGGGACCUUCAGGCCAGAAGUUCCUUCUAACAGAGUUUUUUACAGAGCACAGUUAUAGAUGUUUGAUGAUGAACCCAGUCAGCAAUGAAACCAGUGAAAGCGUCACAAACCCCGUCCUCAUUAUAUGCAAGUUCCCCUUCAUUGAGCGAGGACGGGACUGGCUGAUACCCAUCCUUGUACCAGUAGGAAUUGUUUUGGUAGUAGUCAUCGUGGUUGCUGCAUUUUUCAUCAACAAACACAUCAGGGGAAAAAAGCAAAGACCACAAUACAGUACACUGGAAAAGGAUACAGAAUGGGAGAAAGAAAACGAAAAGGUGUGAAAUGGAAGAACCAGACUGUAAAGUUGUUCCAGGACAUUUCCUAUGACCCAAAAUCUCAGCAAAGGCGCAGGUGUGUAAAACAUGAUUAAACCAAAUUUUGCUUGAAGAAACACAAGAUUUUGUGCCCUACAAAGAGGACCAGCACUCAGUGAGGAAAUCCCUAAUCCAUUACUAUUCAAGUCUACG